UUACUUUUUGCGCAUUUGAUAAAUUUGAAUUCGGAUGCCUUUGAAUUCAGCGACAGAUGAUGAUGAGUUCCGUAGUCUCUUUAGCAAGUUAUUGAGUCUUUUGAAUCUUAAAUUUGGAUGUGGAAACAACUGUUGGAACUGUUGCCAGGCUCUGGAAAAUAUUUCUCAACAGAUACAAAAUUUACAGACUGAUGUGAGGCAGUUGCAACAAGUUGUGUCCAAAGGUUUUGAGGAAGCGAAAUUAGCCACAAAAGAGCAAAGAUAUCCCUUUGAAAACUCUAUAAAGAAAGUUGAAGAAAGAAUUUCUUCUACUGAGGACGAAAUUACGUGUUUCUCUCAAGAACAACCGUUGUUGAGUCCAACCGGUACCUUUCCAAAGAGGUUUUCUGAUGACAAAGCGAGGAGGGAACAAUCUUCAGGAAUGGAUAAUAUCGAUGCUUCUCCUGAACAUAAAAUACUUUCCAAAGAGAGUUAUUCUGACGAGAAUUCUAAUACAUUUGUAAUUCAGCGUUCCAGAUCGUUGUCGUGUGAGAGAAGGAACUCUGACUGUUUGUAUACGAAGCCUUCAAGCCAACAAAGGAACAUUGCGUCAGAGAAAGAAUACAGUAUAAAUGAUUCCUCUCCUCUUUUAAAUAAUUCUCGUGUUCGACAAUCACUGACCACAAGGAAUGCAGAAUUAUCGACGACAAAAGAUAAUACUUUAAAACCCUUACGUAAACAUAAAGCUGAGACAAAAGAGACUUGCGAUAUGCAUAGACAGACAAAGGUUGCCAGAGGUUUAGUGAGCUCACAGAAAUUUGGUAAAAUUACCAGAAUUGGAGAUCAAGGUUGUGAUCAAGUUUCAUUUUCCCAGACGCCUUCUCCGACGAAGGAGACAUCUUCUCAUGAGAUUACAGAAAGUACCUCAAGAAUUUUGGAACAUCUACCGAAAGAAAGUUCUAUUCCAAAAGUUACGACUGAAUACAAAGAUAACAAUGGAAACUGUCUCUGUACCAAUCCAGUUAUCCGUUCGAAAGAAGAACGAAUGAAAAUGAAAGGCAGCACAUGUACAGAAUGCCAAAAAACUUGGAACUGCUUGGCGCAUAAUAACGAGGAACGCUGCAAAGAAAUGAUACAGAAAUAUUCUAGACAUCGACAUUGCCAUACUCCACCGGAAACUCCAGAAUUUUGGUUUGAUAUAUCAUUUCCAGAGACAGAAACCAUACCCCCUGAAAGUCCUUUAGUCUGAUUAUCCUUUUGGCUUCCACGUUUGUUCCACAUGCGAU